UGUCUCUUGGCCCGACAACAGAGCAAACAGCAACUGGCACAAUCAUGACAAACUGCUAUAUGGCAUCUAAGGGAUAAGUUUCGUCCAUUCUUCUCACAUUUCAUCCUUGUCCUCGGUGUGAUCGGAAGGCUGCGGUUACACUGUCCUGACUUAAUUGCAAAUGAAGUGACUAUAUAAGCCCUUUGUCGCUAUACCUAGGUGACACUUACGUUGGAACAGCACAUUCGGAGGGAGGUUAUAGGAAUAGCGUCGUGGAGAGUGUGAAUUCGAAGGCACAAUAUGUGUUACAUUAACUUUAAUCUUAUAAACUUGUUUUCAAGUUCUCUAGUAUCGUCUUAUAUUGCUGUUUAUAAAAACAGUGUUUAACGUUUAGUUUUUCUUUUAUAUUUUAAUUUUUUGUUUCGUGAGUAUGACCAUUGAAGUGAUUUCUCAAGGAGUAAUACUGUUUUAAAGGAUAAAAGAAAAUGUUGGAUUUCACACAAAAACGGAAAUUGAUCUUUGGUCCAAAGUAUUGUAUGAAGUUGCUGGUUUUGGCUGUGACCUUAAGUCACAUUACUGACGCCUCGUCUCUCAGAAAUACACGUAGAGGUCAUCGCAAAUCCAGACGGAAUAUGUCCGAGGAUCUGAUGACAAAUGACAAAGUGCCAGGUUACUGGAAAGUUCGAAACCAUGAUGACACAUUUUUCCCAAUUCUCGGAAACCAUACCAAAAAUGCUGCGCUGACUCACGUCGCGUUUUCUGUCGGAAAACCCACACUUCCGCCAUCAUUCCAAGAUGUGACGACUGAAAGAAGUCCUGGGAUUGUUGCAACAGAACAUUUAAAAAUCAAUCAAAAUAGAUUAAAACGCGGGAAAAACAACAGAAAUAAAAAGAACAGACAGCAUAAGCGGAGACACGGACAUGGUCUUACUGAUUCCGGUCGUAAACGGCGACGGAGAUCACAUGGCGGGAAUCACGUGCGUUAUGGCAGCCCCAUGAGCGCUUGUACAAGUAUGAGUGAUUGGGUUCAGAUAACAGAAUCUCUUAAUAUGUGGGGCCACCGGGUGACGGUUUUGCCUUAUAUUGAGGUCGGGGGACGCCGGAUUGACCAAUAUAUUUACGAAACGGUAUGUGUAGAUGCAGGUGCACCGUGCUUAGGAACAGAUAGGAGACAUUUUCAAUCAGAGUGUGUUACGAAGAAAAUAUUUUCCUACGCAUUUAUAAGAAACGAUGCUGGAGAAGAGGACUGGAGUCUUAUAGAAAUAAACGGAUCCUGUAAUUGUAAAAUACAACGAAAGCACCGGACCGGACCUAGGAGUCUUUUGGAACAUCUCUCCGAUACGGACGGAUCCUAACCGACUUUAAGUAUCGUAGAUCAUUAUUUAUUAUUUAUUUACUUGUAAAUAUUAUUUUAUUUAUUUUUCAAUCCGUAUCAGUACUUUUGUCCCUGUUGAUGUCCCAUAGUUAGCGUUUUGCAUGUUUUCAUUUGCUUUGAUUUGUGUAGCUUAUAAGCAAUAUACGUGAAGAGUGUAUGUUACAAAAGUCACUUUUUGAAGUAAAUUUGUCAUAAUUAUUUUUUCAUAUUUUAUAAAAGUGCUUGAAGCUAUCAUUUUUUAUCUCAUCAUAUACAUCAUCACCCUUGUGUCACUCUCUUUGUUGGGUAUUAUUUUUUGCCACACUAUUUACCAAAAUAGAUUGAGUACUAGUGAAAAUCGUUAAAUGAACGAUACUCAUCCAAACACGUUUUGGAUUUAAAUCCUUUUUAUCAUAACUGAAAACAAUCUUAAUCGACACCUGUAAGAAUAAAAAUGAUGUAUAUAUAAGGAGUAUGCCUUAUUUAAUAGAUUCUUAAGAAGCGCGAUUAAAAUCAUAUUGAACACGAAAAUCAGUCGGAAUACUCAGAGGUCGGAUUUAGGCAGGUGUCAUUUUAUAUUUCUUUGUUCAAUAACACUUUGCUUGUGUUUUUUUGUUUUUUUUUCAUCUUUGGGAAUAUUGACCUCAUUAAUAGCCAUAUAAUGCUUAUUUACACAGAACGUAUCUGACAGGUGCUACACGUUUUUAUUCUAACGACCAGUUGUGUACAAAGAUGUAUAAGGUACGAUCUGGUCACGUGAUCACAAGAGUUAUGUCUCCCAAUAUAGACAUAAUCAGUAAUCAAAAUCAUAUACAAGGUCACACAUCUCCCCAGUACACUCGAUGGUGCAUGUCUAUAACGUAUUUCGGGACUGAUGAUACAUUAGUUUAUCUGUAUACUUACCUGUACUAUCUUUGUAUUGGAAUUACUUGUAUGUUUAUGUUAAUGUAUUGUCGAGACUGACAAGAAUCCGUCCAUCAAUCUCAAUUUGUCUGAUGAAAUGGUCUUAUAAAUAAACAUGUUUUACUUUUCAAAUUGACCACAUAUUGGAUAUAUUUUAUUGACUGAAAAAAAAGACAUUCAUUAUAAAGCCAUUAAAUGAUCAUAUACUUUAUAAAAAAACACAGUCGUAUUGUUUUAUCAGCUUUUAUCGGAAACCACUAAGCGUUGUGGCUUAACAAUGCAGUGUCUAUACAUUAUCAAAUAUGUACAUAUUUUGAACCGUUAAAUAGAAUCUGGACAAUUUAAGUGAUAUGUAUCAUCCGAAAAUAGCAUCAUCUUCGUUCUUUUAAAUGAAUGGUGAUUAAUAUGUAAGUAAUGUUUUCUAUAUCGGUUACAAGAUGCCCGUAUGGUGUCGUCAGCACAAUUUCAAAGAGGUUCCCUGUUGAAUUUACUGGAAUGAUAACACGAUGCUUUAAUGAUGAUACUCUAUAGAAAUAGAAUAACCAGAGUUACCAUUUCAUAUGAGAUCCAUGAUGCCGAUCUGAGAAUUUGUCAUUAUAACGAUCUUCUGGUGAUUAGGGAACAUUUCACAAAUCUAGUAAAUACAAUAAAGAAACGAAUGCAAAAUUCUGUUCAUCAUACACCGAGUAAGCUAAUAUGACAAUAUAUAUAUUUGUUAAAACAGCAGUUAAUCAGUUUGAUAUGAAAUAUAAUUGAACAAGUGUUGAUAUUGUCAAUUCAAAUCUCUUUCUUCAUGUGGCUCAAUAAAGACAUGACGUCACAAUUGGAACAAUGGAAAUUAGCUAAACUCCACUAGGUGUUAUAGCAUGCGUAAUCAUUGCACAAUUCAUUAAAGGCUAAGGUAUGUGAAAAAAAAUUACCAACACAUUUUAUCAACAUAAGAUACAAAACAGACAAUGCAGUUCAGGACAAGGUCUAUAAUAUCGCCACCAUAAUUACAGUUUAGGGACAGGUCUGUAACAUCACCACCAUGAUUACAGUUCAUGAAAAGGCCUAUGUUAUCGCCACCAUGAUUACAGUUCAUGGAAAGGUCUAUGUUAUCGCCACCAUGAUUACAGUAUAGGAAAAGGUCUAUAAUAUCGCUACCAUGGUUACAGUUCAGGGGAAGGUAUAUGUUAUCGCUACCAUGGUUACAGUUCAGGGGAAGGUCUAUGUUAUCGCUACCAUGAUUACAAUUUAGGGACAGGUCUAUAACAUCGCCACCAUGAUUACAGUUCAUGGAAAUCUCUGUUAUCGCCACCAUGGUUACAGUUCAUGGAAAUCUCUGUUAUCGCCACCAUGGUUACAGUUCAUGGAAAUCUCUGUUAUCGCCACCAUGGUUACAGUUCAGGGGAAGGUCUAUGUUAUCGCCACCAUGGUUACAGUUUAAACAUUAUGUCUUUUAUAUCUUCAAGAUGAAUACUGUAAUUGCAAUGGCAACACUUGGUCUGCAAUAAAGACUAAGUUUAAAAUGUCUUCGGGGCAAAAAGAAAGUUUCUGUUAUAGAAAUAUUCCAUGUAUCAUAAAUAUCGUGUCGGCCAUGUAGUCAGUAUGAUAGAACUGGUACAUCACGUGAUGUUUAGCUCACGCUGAUUGAAUCAUCACUGGUGUAAUCUAAGAUAGGAAAUAUGUCUUCCAGACAGAUAUGAUUUUCGCUUUCAUUAUUCCACAGUAGUGUCGAUUUUAUGCAGAAUAAUGCGUUAUUUGCUUCACCAUAACCUUCCAAUAACUGCCGUCUUAAUAAGAUGGCUUACCGGAUACUUAAAUGUUAAUAAAUCGACUCUUAUUUCAAGAACUUACUUUCGAUGCCAUCGCCAACUAUCUCUUAUCUCAGAUUAAUCUAGGAUAUUUGAGAGGAUCAUUAGAUAGGUACAUUAAUUAAACUGAUGUCCUUUAUCGUGUAACAUAAUUAAUAAUCUCAAUAAUUCUAUGAUAGACGUAAAACCAUCAACGAAGAGAGAAAUGCUAUCUCAUAUUUUAGUAUUCCAAGGGUCCUGUGUCAUUCUAGAAAACAUGCUUUCAACAACAGCUCAGCUCAUAUCAGGUUGGCUUCAUUUUAAUCUGAUUAUUUCUUUACGUUUUCUAAAGAAAGUCCUACAAAUGAUUCUUUCAUAUCAACUACAACUUCUUUUAAUUAGAUUAAAAUAUAAAUGAAUAGUAUUGGUAUUAAGUAUAAUAUUGCAUUCUAUCAUAUAAGUGUCAUAUCAGUCGUAUCCUUUAGAUUCUGUAAGGAAUGGAUAAAAUUACCAUUAUAUUGUCUGAUGGAGUUGUGUUUAGUGUAAAAUGGUAUGGUUAACGUUAACAAAAUCUAAUGUUAAUUGAUUGUCCUGUCGUCAAAUGUUUCUUUUCUUCGUUUCGAUUUAAAUAUAUCAUGAAGAUCCCAUUGAAAAGAAACUUUCUUCUAUUUAUUGAAUUGGGACAUCAAAGCACUGGGUAAAUAUAUAUGUACACGUCCUCUUGGUGUUUCUAACAUUUCCGGGUAUUUUGUUGGAUGCGCCAUAUUUACACUUUUAGCGUACCAUAUGAGAAAGACGGAAACCCAUCAAAUACGUCUGAUAUUGAUCUUGCCUAACAGAUGUAAUAGUUGACCUUUUGAAUCUAUUUCAUUUUCGAAUGCUCUGCAGCUAACCUGAUAGCGGCGUAUUAAGAAACCUAAAACAAUCACUGCUUUAUAUGCUAUAGGUGAUGAAAUGACGAUCUCUAAAGGUCAAUCAUAGGAAAAGGAGAGAUUGGCAAGCUUUAAACAGUUUGUGUAUUUCAAACAUUCUGAAUUUUAGAUAGGAAUGUUGAAUCUUUUCAAAAUAAUUCUGUUGAAUAUCCUGAACAUUGAAGGCAUUCUUUUGAUAUUCACUGCAUUGUUAGCUUACACUUUGUUCUGUCUAACUUUAACGUAACCAAAGCUUACCAGGUGUAUGCAAUUUGACAGAAGACAGACGCACAGAAAUAGUUACUAGAAAUGUAUUUGUAUCAACUUUAGAGAUUUCCUCGACCUUAACAAGCUAAUUUAAUAUAGAUAUCACAAUAUGAGAUUAGGAAUAUACGCUACAAAUAAUCUAUAGACUUAUGUUUGAGAUUAGUUUGAUAUCGAAUUUCACUAAAGGUUAAACCACGUUGAAUAUACAAAGCCAUGUAUAAGAGCGUUUCACUGCAUUGAUCUAUCCCAAUAAACAAACACAAUUUCACUGUGGACAUUUCGACUAUCGUUUUGUCCAUUUCCUUUAUUAUCUACCUGUUUCAAUGAUGUCACUCCAAGGGACAUCAUUUAUGGGUCAUUACUUAAUUAGCUAGUUAUCAGCCUCACAACAGUUAGUCCAUGAUAGUUUUAUCCACAUAUGAUAGAUAGCAAACAGCAAGGUUCCAAAUGAUUUGAUUGUGACGUCACGUAUUUUAAGGACUAAUUGAUGCCAGAAGGUUUCAAUCUUGUAUGAGAGAUGGCAUUUUCAUCAAUUUUCGCAAAAUUAUGUUAUUUGAUAACUCGCCAGGGGAAAACUGAAAUUAUUAUUCUUUUACUCGUUAUAUCAUUAUGGUAUAUUUUUAUAGAUAUAGAUUUUAAGACCCUCUAUCAAUGUUCACGUCUGAACUCUUAAUCUGUUAUCAUAUUUCUGCGAACUAACCUGGUACUUUAUAAGCAGACAGUUAUUAGUAUGUAAACGGCGUUAGGUGCAGCUUAGAAACAAAUUGAAUUGAUUGCAAUCCUCAUUAUACUUCCAAAAUUUUAGAAAAUCUAAGCAAGAAUAGUGAUGGAACUAAAUAAGUAAGAAUAUAUUAAAGCCUUUUCUAAAAGUACGCAACCAUUUGGCGUACAAAUUAUUUAUUAAUAAAUUGAAUCAUUGAGUUAUCUUCUCCUACUUCGAUAUAACCACGCAUUCAUAUACAUAGAAUAUAUCAGCAUAAGCAUAUCUUCUUUGCAAAUGUUCCAGAAACCCCGAAUCACUCUUGUAUGAUAGAUAGUCGCCUACAUUAAACUGAUUUAAAUAUAUUUGUAAAAUUAUUUUACAUUUGAGAUGUCGAUUCGUUUUAUGAUAAUUCCAAUCGGACAUUGGGGACGAAUGUGCAUCCAGUAACACCACUCAACAGCAAGGUAUCCAGUAAAAGGGGCCGCGGUGGCCGAGUGGUUAAGGUGUCCCGACACUUUAACACUAGCCCUCCACCUCUGGGUUGCGAGUUCGAAACCUUCGUG